AUGUUGCAACCCAGAAUUCUGGCGCCUCUAAGGGCGCUGGAACGGGCAUUCGCUCCCUCAAUCCGCUCAUCUCAGAGUCUUUACCAGCCGCAAUCCCUCAUUUCACGAACCCUCUCCGCAAAUCUCGCGAUCCCGAAAACCACUCCCAUACCUUCUCUCUCUCACACCCUCCUCCCAUUCUCUCAAGUGCGUUACGCCUCUCACGCCUCCCAAGGUACGGCCAAUCGACACUCGCGCGAUCCCGCCGGUAAGCGUCUCGGCGCGAAGCGAUCUGGCGGUGAGUACGUCGUUCCGGGCUGUAUCAUCUUCAAGCAGCGUGGAUCAAAAUGGUUCCCCGGCGAGAACUGCGCCAUGGGCCGUGACCACACAAUCUACGCAACUCAAGCCGGCUACGUCCGGUACUAUCUCGAUCCCGAACUUCACACAGAACGACGAUACAUCGGUGUUGUCUUUGAGAAGGAGGGCACGCUUCCCGUUCCGCGCAAUGCGCCCAGCCGACGCAAGUUGAAUAUGGUCUCUGUCCCACGAUUGGUGCCUGUCUCCCAGCAACCUGAUAUGGUUGCUUCCAUCGAUGAGAACGGCGUCCAGGUCGGUUCCGUCGCCGCCGUUGAUGCUGAGUCCGGCCCUCAACUCCGUCCUGGUUACAUGUACCGUGAGGCCAACUGGGUUAUCGGUCGUGCUGCUGAGAAGGCUGGUGUCUUUGCUCAAUCAUAUGAUCGUGGAAACCGUUGGCUGGCGUGGAGAAAGCGACAGGCUCGUGCUGAGCGGGCUGCCCAGAUGAAGAGUCUGAAGGGUAAGAAGAAGGCUGGCAAGAAGGCCAAAUAA